CGCUGCGCGCGGCCUGGGUUCCGCCACGCCCGCCAUGGCGGCGGCCCCGGCCGGCCCUGGCCCCGCCUCCCGGUGACGCGACGCGGGUCACCUGACCCGGCUGCGGGCUGAGGAGACACAAGGGAAGUCGCUGUCGCCAGAGUCGGAUCCUCCGCCGCCCCCCGGAACCUCGGGGACCCUCCGUGCCGCCAGCCAGUCCCCGCGCCAUGCCGUCGGAGAAGACCUUCAAGCAGCGCCGCACCUUCGAGCAAAGAGUAGAAGAUGUCCGACUUAUCCGAGAGCAGCAUCCUACCAAAAUCCCGGUGAUAAUAGAACGAUACAAGGGUGAGAAGCAGCUUCCUGUACUGGAUAAGACCAAGUUUCUCGUACCUGAUCACGUCAACAUGAGUGAACUCAUCAAGAUAAUUAGAAGGCGCUUACAGCUCAGCGCUAACCAAGCCUUCUUCCUGCUGGUGAACGGACACAGCAUGGUGAGCGUCUCCACGCCCAUCUCAGAGGUGUACGAGAGCGAGAAGGAUGAGGAUGGGUUCCUGUACAUGGUAUACGCCUCCCAGGAGACGUUUGGAAUGAAAUUGGCAGUGUAAGACCAGAAAAAUGCACCCAUUCUAGAACUUUUUAAACCCUUACCAAGGAAAAAAAGGGAUGUUACCAACUGAGAUUGAUCAGUUCAUCUAAUCACAGAUCAUCAAAACCGUAGUGUUCGCACCUCCUAGGGUUUUAGGAAGUUGUUUUUGUAUUUCAGACAGAAAAACUGAGCUCCAAAUGAGCACAUUCAGCUUUGGAAAACUAUAUCACUUAACUUAGGCUAUCUUGUUUUCAGAUCUUAGAAGUUUAAAAAUAAAAUACUUUGCAUUCUAAGUUGCCAACACAUAGACCUUCAAGUUAUUUUAAUGCUCUUUUUCCCCCAAUAGGAACUUGCAAUUUGAGCAAUAAUUUAAAGGCGUUCAGAGAGACACUGAGUCUUCUCUUUGGGUUCUCAGAACCUGCCACCUUUUUAUAGAAGGGUUUCUAUUCAACUGGAGAAAUCUUCCUCAGAGGAUCUUUAGGCAAAAGUUAGUCAAGCACGAUCCCCCAAAACACAUGUGCUGUAAUAGCAGGCACAAAAGCAGGUGCAUGGGGCGUGUAGGGAAACAACCCUCAACUGCUGCUCAGGGUCCCUGACUCUUAGCAGUUUACCCCAAGUCUAUGCUCUCUGGACAGUUACAGAAAAACACCACCACUCAAUAGGAACCUUGAAUAAUUUAUAAUUUUGGUCUAGUUUCUUAAGAGGCCCCAGAGAAAAAGAGUGGUAUUUCUUCUUUUGGAUCUUCUCUAAGAGCUCAAAUUAGUGCCUGCGUUGGUAGAUGAACAAGCAGUUUUACCACCGUCAUUCCUUAGGACAGUGGCAGAAACCACAGAGUAGGAAAAUUAAAAGCAUUGAAAUUCAGAUGCACUCCUACCUUUUGGCUUAAAGCUAUAGGUGAUCCAUGUUUUUUUUUAUGUUGGGUGUUUAACUAAAAUGUUAUUAAAAGGUUUUCACAUUUUAAAGAGUAGUUCAAUUAUCACUUAGGUCAAACCACCAUUCUCCCACUCUAAGUGCAUGUCAGUUGUGGAGGAAACGCAGCCAAACGAGACAUAUGCUCUUUACAAAUACUAACGCAGACUUAACCAUCUUCCACGUACAGCCUGUGAUAAACCCUACUGCUGCAUGGGGCUCACUGUUCACUGUUUUCUUGGGAGUAUCACAGAAAGAUCACAGUGGUGCCGCCUCAGACUGCACAUGUAGCAGGCCACAGCUUCCCCUUGUGUGUUCAGAUGUGUGUGGAGUACUGUAUCUGUCAGUGAGAGAUGUUUACUCUAAUGGAGGGAAAAGCACGAGUCCUCCCCUCAUCUUUGCUCAUUAAAGGGGUCCCCCACUGCAUGCACGUGUCCACUUGGCUAACUUUUAAUAUGUAUAUUUUUACAUUAUGUAAAUUCUUAACCAGCCUGUCUUUAGAUUGUACACAUUAUAUCUGACAUUCUUGUAACUACUAUGUGACCAGUAAGAUUCCUAUAAGAAAUACUGCUUUAAAAAACAAAACAAAAACAAAAUACCGCACUGGGAGUGUGUGCGUGCGUGUGUGAGACUAGUGGUUGGUCACUUUAUUUAUAGGAUCUUUAAAAAUAAGUACAUUUUUAAUGAACUAAGGUGAAUAAAGGCACAAUUAAAAACUGUCA